CAUGUUUGAUUUUAUCAUUUUCAGCUUUGAACUUUACCUACAUUUUCGCACUUUAACAUUCAAUAGAAUCGGAAUUACAUUACAGACUUAGGCGCACGCUAACUUCCUUUUAAAAAGUUGAACGUAACUUUCGCUUCCCUAAAAUUAUUUCGGACUACACUACACUAAAAGACUCUUAAGGUCGCUAAAGUUCGACUCCAUUGACUUUUAUAAGUGCGGCAAAAGACUUUGAAUUAUAAAAUAAAAGUCAAUAGAUGGAUGACGUUUUAAUGCGUUACUUGAAGCAGUUCAUUGUUUUACAGUUUGCACGCAAGGACAAUCAUAGACAACACCAGCAAAGUCAUGCAAAUCACUCAGUUUCACAUUUGAACGCAAACAAACUACCAAAAUAUAAAUAAACAAUUAAAUCAGCUGUUUUCAGUUUUACUAAAGAGGGGAGUAUCUUAAAUCCACAAUGCUAAAGCAACAGGACAAUACUAUAAAGACGCAUAAACCUUCAGACAAAAAUUUGCAACAUUUUUCAAAUGCAACGAAAUCAAGACGAAAUGUCAGCAGUCAAUCAAUCAGAAAAAAGGCCAUGCUUAGUUUUUGCACUUUUACCCUGAAAUGUGCCAAAUAUCAGUUUCAGUUCAACCCUUCCGAUUUUCUUUAUGGCAACAAUAAUAAACAAAAAAAUCGCAAACAAUAAUAAAAGUCUACCUACCAAAAAUAUUCCUAAAGGUGAUAUCACGAAAUAAACAUCAUUUAACAAAAAUUCAAAUUCAGUCUGAAAUUAUUGAUCAAACAAGUUCAAUUUCAUCUUUUGAAUAAUUUAUGUAGCUUUGCUGAGGAUUCGCUUAAAUUUCUGCAAUGCAGUCUUAUAUCACGUACCAAUGAAGUCGGACGUAGUUAAACCAAACACUCCGAUAUUCAAAAACAAAAAAUUAAAAAAUUAUAUUUUUAAUACUGUGCACUGUUAAAGAAAUCAAAGAAAUCGGUCAAAUAUGGAUGACCGUACAAUAGAUUCCAUAUUUGCCGGUUCGAUGGAAUCGCUGCCACCGGUUAGUUCCAAAAUAGUGCGUAUAUUCACCAGUUCCACUUUCACGGAUACCACGAUGGAACGUAACACGCUUAUGGCUAAAUGUUAUCCACGCAUAAAGGAUUAUUGUCGUGAAAAACAUGGUCUAGAAUUCCAGGUAGUUGAUAUGCGUUGGGGUGUACGUGAUGAGGCCACUGAUGAUCACAUGACCACAGAAUUGUGUAUGCGCGAAAUUCAGAAUUGUCAACGUUUGUCGAUGGGACCCAAUUUUAUAGUCUUUUUGGGACAAAAGUACGGUUAUCGGCCUAUACCGACUUAUAUUGUCUCUUCAGAAUUACAGUUGAUUUGUGAGGAACUAACUUCAAUGGGUGUGGAUCGUGCAUUAUUGGAUCUUUGGUAUAAAAAAGACAGCAAUGCUGUACCACCUAUUUCUGUGUUACAACCAAUCUCUUCAAUUCUGAUCAAUUUUAAUAAUAAGCGUGUACCAAAAUUACAAGCAGAAGACCAAGCUGUUUGGUGGGAUACCUUAAAUAAAAUGCAAAAACUUCUAAGAAAGGCCGCUGCAUCUUUGGGAGCUAGUAGUAAAAUGGAUAAAGAAGCGGUACAUAACUAUUUCAUGUCAGUGACGGAACGUGAAGUUAUUAAUGGCAUUUUAAAUGUCAAGAACACAAAAAAUCACUGUUUGGCAUACGUACGCUACAUCAAUAACAUUAAUUUACAAAAUCUUAAAAAGGCAUCCCUAUUCGUGGAUAUUAUAAAUCGCAGUUUAGAUACGGAAUCGGCAAAGUUGCUUGGGGAUCUCAGGGACACGCGUCUACCUAAUAAAAUUGAGAAUAGUAAUAUGCAAAAAUAUACAGUGGAAUGGAUUGGACGCGAGGGUUUGGAUAUUGAAACACAUGAGGAGUAUCUUAAUCACUUUAUAUCGCAUUUCUAUAAGAACAUUGUGAAAUUGGUUGAUCGUGCUAUGCGCAAAGAAGACUCCAGUGCACAGGGACAGAUAGUAACUGAAAUCCUUCAGCAUUUGCACGCUUGCAAUAAUUCGGUAAAAGUUUUUUAUGGUCGUGAAGAAAAUCUCGAACAUAUCAAGCGCUAUAUGCUGGGGGAUUCAGAGAAGCCACUUGUCCUUUAUGGCGAGGGAGGUUGUGGAAAAACAUCAUUACUUGCAAAAAGCGCUUCACUAGUAGCAACACAAUGGUUUGCUGAUAAGCGACCGUUAAACAUAAUACGAUUUCUAGGCACCACACCUGAUUCAAGCGCGCUUACUCCUACACUUAUCUCGAUUUGUCAACAGAUUUCAUAUAACUAUAUGCUACCUUUCGAGAAUAUACCCGACGAUCUUGUACCUUUAACAGCACAUUUUAAGCAAUUACUAACUUAUGCAAGUUCGAAUCAACCUUUAACGUUAUACCUUGAUUCAGUUGAUCAAUUGACUGGUACACAAGAUUCGAAUAAGGUAUCCUGGAUACCAACCAGAUUACCACCCCACUGCAAGAUUAUCAUAUCAUGUGCAAAUGAGGAAUCCAAUCCUACUGUAUCUCAUGAAUACUAUGUGCUACGUAAAAUGAUUGAUACUGAUGAAAAUUUUAUAGAAGUUACUGCAUUGGGCGAAGAUCUGGCUAUGAAUGUCAUAAAAAUGUGGAUGAAGACAGCCUGCCGAGAUCUUAAUAAUUAUCAAUGGCGCUUAGUUGCUAAUGCUAUCAGUAAAUGCUCGUUGCCAAUAUUUGUAAAAUUGGUUUUUGCCGAAAUUUGUCGCUGGCGCAGCUAUACCAGACCUCAAGAAACUCAUUUAGCCAAUACGGUUAUGGAUUCUAUUAUGAUGCUCUUCGAACGUAUUGAGAAACAGCAUGGCCGUAUAUUAGUAUUUCAUGCGCUUGCAUAUAUAACAGCUGCAAAGUCUGGCUUAUCAGAAAGUGAAUUGGAAGAUUUGAUCUCUUUGGACGAUAAAGUCUUAGAUGAUGUCUACCAAUACCAUUUGCCUCCGGUUAGACGUAUACCGCCACUUUUAUGGACACGUAUAAGAAAUGAUUUGCCGAAUUACCUAAGCGAACGUGAAGCAGAUGGUGUCAAUGUUAUGAACUGGUAUCAUAGACAGUUUCGCGAUACAGCUAAGGAACGUUAUUUCAAGAAUAUGAAUAUGGCCAUGUAUUUUCACUCUAUGAUAGCCGAUUACUAUUUGGGCAUUUGGGGUGGAGGUAUACCAAAACCAUUUAAAUUUACCGAAAUACAGAGGCAUCGAUUUGGAUUGACCGAUAAAGAGGGUGUUGCUGAUCGAAAAGUACCUAUACAACCUCUAGUAUUUACGAGUAAGGAUGGCAGCUCCAGACGCUACAAUUUAAGAAAAUUUGGUGAACUACCUUUCCACUUUGUACGCUCCAGACGCUUCAAGGAUCUUUUUGAGCAUGUGCUGUUUAAUUAUGAUUGGUUGCAUGCAAAACUUUCCAGUUGUCCACUGCAAGCAGUUUUGGCUGAUUUUGAAGAUGCUUCCUCAAAUACUGAUAAUAAUGAGGCUAAACGUGAACUAAUGUUAGUCGCUGAUGCAUUACGGUUGGGAGGUGCUAUAUUAGCGGUACAUCCAAAUAUGUUGGCGCCACAGUUGGUUGGACGCUUGCUGCCAGAAAUCGGUGGUAAUAGUAAUAUAAAAAUGUUAUUGCGUGCUUGCGACCGUUGUGGACCUAAAGAUUGUGCACUUAUACCGGUUAAUCAUUGUUUGCAUACACCAGGUGGACCACUUAAGUAUUCUUUAGAGGGUCAUCAGUUUGCUGUAUUCGAGUUUCGUUUAACCACCGAUCGACGUUAUAUGGUUUCAAUAUCUACACAUUUUAUAACUUUUGAUCUCUCCACAUCAGAUUUAACACGUGAUGUGAAUCCAGGUAUUGAAGGUAUUAUGCAGCAGUUGGCAUUAAGUCCUGACAACAAAUGGGCUGCCGCAUAUUCUAAUAAUAAUCAGACAGUGUUAUUAAAUAUGCUAUCUAGUGAAUUUGUGAUUAUCAACAGCCCUUUUGACAUAGAAGAUGGUCCUGUUAGUGGUUUGUUCUUAUUAAACCAAAACCUCUUUAUAACGUGCAAACAAAAAUGGGCACAAUAUGAUAUGCGUGGAAACCUUGUUAAUACUUUUACAGUUCCCGGUUCUACAAAUGAGUGGGAAAUAUUAAAUAUGGAAUUUAUGUCACCACGAGACUAUAACAUUAUAUUUUGGUCAGGUUCUAUUAAUGAAACUCGCUUACGUUUCAAUUCUUAUCGUGGUGAGAUCUUUUCUGAAAGUUUACAUUUUUAUAGUGCUUUAGUAUUAAGUUCUGAUCGCAAAAAAUUGUAUGGCUGCAUAAGUGAAGAAAAUUAUCAGGUUAGCGUAUUCGAAUUAAUCCACACUAAAGAAAGUGAAGAUAUAAGUUGGGCAAUGGUGGAACACCUCAGUCGCUAUGAUAAUGACGAAAAAGAAAUGCUGCUACAAUUACGAUUGGAUCAAGAUGAUCGAAUGCUUUUGGGUACAGCAGGCAAAGGUUUUGUUAUAUGGGAUUUUGGGAAAGAUGGUGAACGUCUUAGCAAAGAAGUUAUGUAUUUUGCAUUACCACACGGAGUGCGUAAUAUUACAACAAAAAUAUUACAAUCAAAUUCAAUUAUGGUAAGCUCCAAAAUGGACUAUGCUGUAGCUGGUGUGCGUAAAAAUUUGUAUGUGUGGUGUUUAAAAACGAGACAAUUGGCCAAAGUACUUGACGCGCAUUUUGGACGUAUAAUACAGCUAGAAGCGCUUACCAUUGGUAAUUGGAAUAAUGUAGUAACCUCUUCCAUUGAUCGUUCAGUAAAAGUUUGGAAUAUAAAUAAUAUAUUUGAGAAAGUACACGUCAUUGAUCGACAUGAGUUACAAAUCGAUAAUAUAAGCCUUUCCGAAGUUGACUUAGGUGUUACAGUUACAAGAAGUUGUGUUGGUGUUUGGGAAACUCGUUCUGGUAGAUUAUUAUCAAAAUUGGCUGAUAGUCCAUUGGGAGCUAUAGUCACGCAUGCUGAAAUCACACCAGAUGGACGUUUUGUUAUCUCUUCGGAAACAGGUAAAUUCCUUAUAUGGAAUCGUGUGUCAGAGCAAGUAGUUUUUCGCGACGAUGAACCCGGCAUUCAGCAAGUGACUUUAAUGGAUUAUGGUUAUAAAGUAAUGACAGUUUCCUGUGCAAAUAUAAAUCAUAAAUCAGAUCUUGCUGGCGAGGAUGGCCCGAAAUUAACAGCAAGAACUGUGGUUAGAGCAGUACCAGAAGGAACAGCAUUAUUCAGUUUUGACUAUGGAAUACGUAUGAUACCAGGUAUACCGUUUCGUCAGUCAGUGAUUACAGCAGAUGCAGCACAUAUUGUGGUCUGCACAGUCGAUAAAUCAAAUAAAGAUUGCCUAGGCGUCUAUAAUGCCUCUAAUGGCGCUUUCGUUUCAAAAAUCCUACUUAGAGGCUGUUCUAUCAAAGAAGUUAUAUCACUUGUACCUAUGCCGCACAAGGUAAACCAAGUAGCGGUUAUUAGUAGUGAAAAAGGAAGCAUUAUGGAUAUUAAAAGUAAAAAACAUAUACGUUCAAUAGCAAAAUGGGGUGGCAGUAUUACACGAGAUGGUAAAAAUGGUUUAUAUGCACCUACACGUGGUGGUCUGGAAAUGCUAGAGCUACGCAAAGGUACUACAGUAAAAACUUUUAUACCAAAAGUAGCUGAGGGUGUAUUCUCUGUUAUUUGUAUCUUUACCGAAAAUGAUGAAUAUGUAUGUUAUUAUCACAGUGGUCGUAAGACAAUACGUGUCUUUCGUACUGUAGAUACUGAGAUGAUUGCUAAUUAUAAGCUACAAGCUGAAUUGACAGCCAUCAAAAGUAGCAAAGAUGGUCGUUGCAUUGUAUUGGGAACUGUUGACGGUUGUAUGUCUGUGUUAGCUAUUGUGGAUCCGCUUAAAGUUGAUAUGAAUGAUUUCUUAAGUGGUCUGCCAUCUCGAGAUGAAAACUGGAAAGCUAAGUUAGCAAAAAUGAAGGCUCGUGUUGGAUUUAAAGCAGCUAUAAGAGUUGCUACUAUCUCUUCACGUUUCGAUGGACAAAAAGGCAAAAAUAAGAAUGGAGAAAACUACGAGGAUGAAAAUGAAGAGAAUGGUAUAACUGAGUUGGGAUUAAUAGAGAAUGUGCAUUAGAGAAAUGUUUAAAUUAAACACUUAAUUUCUAUGAAUCAAAAGCUAUUGAAAAAUCUUUAAAAUUUGUACAAAUUACAUAGUAUUAAAAAUACAUGUUAUUAAACUAUU